GUUCAGUAUUUUGGCGUCGCGCCGGUGGUGCGACCAAGAAAACACUUGGAAAGCGUGGGAUCACGGUGGGACAGCGCUGGUGUUAAAAGCCAAAUUACGUAGAAAACUACGUGUAGCCGAUGUUUAUGAGUUCACGAAAAAUACGGCACACUAUACAACGAACGUCUUCUCUUACACUAUUGUAAACUGAUGGUCCUGGCUGUUCAGCAGGAGGAGAGAGGGUCGCCUGAGAGCAGAGGAAUCCAGGACCACCAUGCCCACUGAAGGAACUCUGAGACGAGACUGAGACUUUAGAACACACAGAUCGCAAUGGGAAACUCUGAGAGCCAGUACAGCAUUCAGGGGUCCAAGGGCACCAGCUUAAUCUUCCCAGGGAAACAAAAGCCCUACUCACUAAAGUUCCGCUCAAACAAAGAAGAGGUUCUAUCCCCCCAUACAUGGUGGAAAGGUGGGCCGGGGGGCUCUGGGUACAAGGCUAGGGCUGUUGGUCGAGGCUGCCUCUCCCCCCUGCAGAGGAGAGGAGAGCCGUACAUCUCCAGACACUAUGAUUACGUCACCAAGGGGGUGAAGGGCAGUCCAAACUGCCAUCUCUGGCAUGGCUCCCCACCAAGAGGCCGCUCACACCUCCCAGCUGAGAAUAGAUGCUGCCCAUAUGAGGGCAGGGGAAGCCUGUACAGUAGAGCAUCAGGGGAUCUGAACGACUAUGCUCUGAACGGACACAGGACCCCAGAGAGGAUGCGAGGAGAGGGAGAUGAGGGGCUUGAGGAGCAGAGCAGUCCCAGGGUGGUCAUCAAGAAGGAUGGUAGUCUGAGGGUGGAGUUCACCAACACUAACAGUGGUCUGCUGCUAGAUGAGGCAUCUGGGCCAGUGCAGCUGCUCAAGUUCUCCCCCACCCUGGAGUCCACCUCUAGUCUGCCUGGCAGCAGCAGGCCUGAGGCCCACCAUGGUGCUCCGCAGCCAGCCUCAACCUCCACCGCCAGGACUAGCAAGGGCAGCUCGCUGAGCUCAGAGGGCUCUUGGUACGACUCGCCCUGGGGGCCCAGCGUGGAGCUCUGCGACCAGGACCAGUCCUGUUCCUCCAAUAGGUCUAUGGGAAACCGUAGGUCUGACCAGUUGGAUUCCUUUGGCCAGCAGUCUCCUCCUGUGUCCAUCUCAGAUCUCUACAGGGACCCCAGUAUGGCUGCCACCUUCCCCACAGCUAAGGACCUGUCGGCCCAGUACAGGGAAUCCCCUCUUCACUCCCAUCACAUCCAGCACCAGGCCUCCUUUGUUUCGGCCCUGGACAUGCCUGCUGAGGAGCAGUGUCCAGAGGCCCUGCAGUACUCAUCCUACACCCUGCCCUGCCGUAAGGCCCAGCCUAAUGGAGAGGUUUCCACCCUGAAGAAGGGCACUGGCUCCGUCAGGAGCCGCAUGAGACGCCUCAGCGACUGGACUGGAAGUCUCAGCAGGAAGAAGAGGAAGACACAGGAGCCUAGGUAUAAGGACAGCAGAGAGGCCUUUGACAGUGGAGUGGACGGUCUGACAGCUGCCACCAGCUCUCCCUCCCAGGUAUCCAGCCUGUGGUACCCUGGCGGACCUGGCAAUGUUGGGGCCUCCCGGGCCCAGUCUGCAGGGGCCCUCCACCACAGCAGCGACGCCCUCCACCAGAACAUCUAUGAGAACUUCAUGCAGGAGCUGGAGACAGGGAUGGGGCAGGGCAGUAGUGGAGGAGCAGGGGGAGGAGGUGAGAGGAGAGACCCGUCUACGGGGACAGAAGGGGGGGAGAGCAGCAGUGAGUCUGCAGGCGGCUCUCUGGAGCAGCUGGACAUGCUCUUUGAAAAGGAGCAGGGGGUGGUACGCAGGGCUGGCUGGCUCUCCUUCAAACCCCUCCUCACCCUGCACAAGGACAGGAAGCUGGAGCUGGUCACACGCAGGAAGUGGAAACAGUAUUGGGUCACCCUGAAAGGUUGUACCUUGUUGUUCUAUGAGACCUAUGGUAAGGGUUCUCCAGAGCAGGAGCUGUCUCCACGCUACGCCCUGUUUGCAGAGGACUGUAUCGUCCAGGCCAUUCCUGAGCACCCCAAGAAGGAGAACGUCUUCUGUCUCAGCAACACCUACGGAGAUGUCUACCUCUUCCAGGCUAGCAACCAGACAGACCUGGAGAACUGGGUGACAGCCAUCCACUCUGCCAGUGCCUCUCUGUUCGCUAAGCGCCAUGGGAAGGAGGACACGGUGCGUCUGCUGAGGAGCCAGAUCAGAGGCCUGCUGCAGAAGGUAGACAUGGACGGUAAGAUGAAGAAGAUGGCUGAACUGCAGCUGUCCAUCGUCAGUGAUCCCAAGAACAGGAAGGCCAUCGAGAACCAGAUCCAGCAGUGGGAGCAGAACCUGGAGAAGUUUAACAUGGACCUGUUCAGGAUGCGCUGUUACCUGGCCAGCCUGCAGGGCGGCGAGCUGCCUAACCCCAAGAGCCUGUUGGCUGCAGCCAGCCGGCCCUCCAAGACUGCCCUGGGACGCCUGAGCAUCUUCUCAGUGUCCUCCUUCCAUGCACUGGUCUGUUCCAGGGAUGAGGCCACUCUGAGGAGGCACUCUGUGUCCCUGAGCCAGAGAUCAUGCAACAAGAAAGGCCUCUUCUCCUCCCUCAAAGGCCUGGACAAUCUCACUAAGAGGGACCGCGACAAGAGACCGUCCGCAGGACAGAUCUUUGAAAGUGAUGGAGGACAACCCUACUGUCUCCCACCCACUAGUUCUGAGAGACUGGACAGCCUGGCCAACCACUACUCUCUGGCUCCCCCUGAGGGCGGUCAAUGGGAGAGCAGUGGUGAAACACUGGGCUGUGUUUACAUGCCUGACAGCCACGCCGUCCAAGUGCCUAUGAGACGGGACCAUACAGUGGCUGAUGUCGUCUCCCUAGCCUGCAAGUUGACGCAGCUGAACCCUAACCUGCACUGUCUCAGACUGCACAGAUGUGUGGCCCAGAACGUAGAGGUCCGCACCCCAGCACCCAGCGAACUCCUACAUGACCUGUUGUAUGACGAGCUAGAGGUGUUUCCAAUGAAUGUAUUCACCCUGCACAUGACGAGACCUGCCUGCACUGGAGACUUUGGCUUUGCAGUCACAGGGCACAUAGAUGGACAGAGGAACAGCCGCAUCUUUGUCAGUGAGGUUUUGCCUGAUGGACUGGCCUUCAGUGAAGGCCUGAGACCAGGUAAUGAGAUUGUGGUUCUGAACGGUCGAGGCGUGUCCACUUUGGACCUGGGUCUGAUCCAGAAGCUGUUCGCUGAGCAGACCCUCCAGCUGACCCUCAGACGGGACGCACCGCCCACCUCACCCCUGACCUCUGACCCCUCGACUCCGACCCCACUGUCCAACCAAUCACAGCUGCUGCAAGACUUCCUGGACACACACCACCAUGCCAAGUCCACUACAGAUGUGUCCUUGGUGCCAGAGGUCCUUGGUGAGUCCUUAAGCUCUGGGCUGGAGAAUGGUCUACAGCACUCCCACAGCAGCCACAGGGCCGUACAACCCAGCAAGAGCGUGGAGACGGUGUGCAUGCUGUACCACACCUUCCAAGAGGGCUCCGGGGGCUUGAUGGAGGGCCGCAAAGACCCCCCGGCUCCAGGGGCCGAGCCCACACUGCACAGACCUUGUCCCCGACACAUGAGUGCCACCGAGAGGCUCCGCAAGGUCAUCCAGGAGCUGGUGGACACAGAGAAGUCCUAUGUCAAGGACCUGAGUUGCCUGUUUGAGAUCUACCUGAAGCCACUGCAGAACGAGACCUUCCUUACGCUGGAUGAGAUGGAUAGUCUGUUUGGCAGCCUGCCAGAAAUGCUGGACUUCCAGAGGGUGUUCCUGCAGACGCUGGAGGAGAGGAUUGCCUCUUCACCUGACUUCAGCACACUGGAAACCCCUGUGCAGUUUAAGAAGCUUCUCUUCUCUCUGGGUGGAUCCUUCCUGUACUACGCUGAUCACUUCAAGCUCUACAGUGGCUUCUGUGCCAACCACAUCAAGGUCCAGAAAGUCCUGGAGAGAGCUAAGACUGAUUGGUCCUUUAAGGAGUUCCUGGCUGCGAGGAACCCUACGAAGCAGCACUCCUCAACCCUGGAGUCCUACCUGAUCAAGCCAGUCCAGAGAGUGUUGAAAUACCCUCUACUGCUUCGAGAGCUGGUUUCUCUCACUGACACAGACAGCGAGGAGCACUACCACCUCACAGAGGCCCUCAAGGCCAUGGAGAAGGUGGCCAGCCACAUCAAUGAGAUGCAGAAGAUCUAUGAGGACUAUGGUUCUGUGUUUGACCAGCUGGUGGCAGAGCAGAGUGGCCAUGAGGAGGUCACAGAGCUUACCAUGGGAGAAUUCCUCAUGCAUUCCUCUGUCGUCUGGCUCAACCCCCAUCCCUCUCUGGGCCGCAUGAGAAAGGACCCCGAGAUGACCGUGUUUGUGUUCAAGAAGGCAGUGAUACUUGUCUACAGGGAGAGCAACAAGCUCAAGAAGAAGAUGACCACCCCUCGCUUGGCGCACUCCCAUGGAGACCUAGACCCCUUCAAGUUCCGCUGGCUCAUCCCGCUCUCUGCACUGCAGGUCCGACUAGGCAACACUGCAGGUACUGAGACGACCUGCAUCUGGGAGCUGAUACAUACCAAGUCUGAACUGGAGGGAAGGCCAGAGACGGUCUUCCAGCUGUGUAGCAGUGUCCCAGAAUGCAAAGUGAACAUCAUCAAGGUAAUCCGCUCCAUCCUCCGGGAGAACGUCAGACGGAACAUGCUCUCGGCCGAGAUGGGGUGUAAGGAGCACCUCACGCCUUUACGCAGCACCCUGCCCUCCUCUGCCAGGAUAGGUCCAUCCAGAGCCUCCUGGCUGUGUAAGCAGCCCCUGCUGGAUCUCCCCACCCCAGCCAGCACACUCAAACCUGGCCAGCCUGACUCAGACGAGGGCAGUCUGAGCAGUGGCACCCACAGCUCCUCUGACGCUCCCCCAGCUGACGGUCCCACACAGCACAAAACACUGUCUACCCAAAAGGCCUGGUCUCGGGGCGGCCAGCGGCCCUCUAGCUUCAGCUCUGUGAAGGAGUCAUACAUCCUGAGUGAUGAGGACGAUGAGUUCAGUGAGGCUAGAGAGAGUUUCCCCUCCUGUGCCAUUGAGGCCCAGUUUCUCAGUUUGAGGCUGUCAGAGGAGGCCGCUUCCUCCCGGGCGCCGGCCCCCCGCGUGCAGCCAGAGGGAGCAGAGGUGAACACCCCGGAGAGCCAGCCCAAGCUUGUUCGGGGCCACUUCUGCCCAGUGAAGAGGAAAGGUAGCAGCCAGCGGGCGCUACUGAGCCUACACAGCCGUUCCCUGGACAGCCAGACAGACCUGGCAGCCAUAGACCUCAGCACUCUGCUGGAGAGAGAGUUCAGCGUACAGAGCCUCACCUCCGUGGUCAACGAGGACUGUUUCUACGACCCUACGGACACUGGCAGUGCCCCUAACAACUCAUAGGGUCAGGAAUAGACACAAGGAGAGGGGCCAAAGCUCUGCCCAGCGCCCGCUCCAUGCCUGUCCUAGUGCCAGGAUAUCUGUUGUGCCUCAGCCCUGAAGUUAAAACUGUGUUCCUUUGAGAGCGUACAAUAGGCACAGGUGCUCAGCGACAUAGUUGUCCCCCUAGAGAGACGAGGUGACUCAGUCCCUGUACAACUACCCUCCGCCUCCAUCCAGCUCUUCUGUAUAUGCCUCUGCUCAGCUCCCCUUCUCUGCUCCCCUUCUCAAUAAUAUGAAUUGGCUUCCUAGGUGAGAGUAAUGUAGCGAAUAGACUUUGUUCACCUUUCAGUUCAUUCAUGUCAGAGAGAAGGACGGCGAUGAGAGGAUUCCACUUUAGACUAUUGAGACUCACCCUAAGAGCUUCACUUUCUAAAGCUCUAUAAGUCAGAGUACAUCUAAAUCCACAGGAGAGGAUUCCACUUUAGACUAUUGAGACUCACCCUAAGAGCUUCACUUUCUAAAGCUCUAGAAGUCUGAGAACAUCUAAAUCCACAGGAGAGGAUGGACAUUGAUGACUUGCUGUACAUUGUUUGCCUAUUUAAUUAGGCAAGUCAGUUAAUAACAAAUUCUUAUUUUCAAUAAUGGCCCAGGAACAGUGGGUUAACUGCCUUGUUCAGGGGCAGAACGACAGAUUUUUACCUUGUCAACUCGGGGAUUCGAUCUUGCAACCUUUCGGUUACUAGUCCAAUGCUCUGACCACUAGGCUACCUGCCGCCCCUGUAUUUGUACAUCAAGUGGAUUUUUGUUUUUAAAGCAAUGUUAAUUUAUUGAUAGUUGUAACUUUUUAUUGCUUUGCAAAAUACAUAUGGGGUUGGCUUGAAUUGAAGAAUCUGGUAUGUUUCACCUAAUGAAUGUUUUCCAGUGUAUUGAAUAAGAGUAUGGUUGUCAUCCUCCCCCAGAAGUGUCGCUUACAAUGUACACAGGCAUUGUCAAAGGAUUUAAUUCAAAUGUGUUGUCAACUUGCCCUGUUUGUAGAUCCCAUACCUGAGUAGCUGGACUAUAACUUCAUUUGAAUCUUUGAUAUUAAUACACAUACCGACAUUGUACAGGUAGAAACGGCUGUAACUUGCAAUAAAUACACUCUGGUCCCAGUGUUUCUGGGAUAUUUUGCUGUUGAGACAUCCUAUUAUCUGACACCACCACGUACCCUCCCUCUCGGUUUGCCCUCAACGCGUACCCUCCCUCUCGGUUUGCCCUCAACGCGUACCCUCCCUCUCGGUUUGCCCUCAACGCGUACCCUCCCUCUCGGUUUGCCCUCAACGCGUACCCUCCCUCUCGGUUUGCCCUCAAUGCGUACCCUCCCUCUCGGUUUGCCCUCAACGCGUACCCUCCCUCUCGGUUUGCCCUCAACGCGUACCCUCCCUCUCGGUUUGCCCUCAACGCGUACCCUCCCUCUCGGUUUGCCCUCAACGCGUACCCUCCCUCUCGGUUUGCCCUCAACGCGUACCCUCCCUCUCGGUUUGCCCUCAACGCGUACCCUCCCUCUCGGUUUGCCCUCAACGCGUACCCUCCCUCUCGGUUUGCCCUCAACGCGUACCCUCCCUCUCGGUUUGCCCUCAACGCGUACCCUCCCUCUCGGUUUGCCCUCAACGCGUACCCUCCCUCUCGGUUUGCCCUCAACGCGUACCCUCCCUCUCGGUUUGCCCUCAACGCGUACCCUCCCUCUCGGUUUGCCCUCAACGCGUACCCUCCCUCUCGGUUUGCCCUCAACACGUACCCUCCCUCUCGGUUUGCCCUCAACUCAACUGUAAACAUGCCUUUAAUGCUAGCAUACCAAUGAAUGUGAACCAUAAUGAACUGUUUUAUAAAUAAACAUUUUUAUCUGUGAGAGCA